AAUUUCCUGUCAUACCAUAUGCAGGUGCUAAAACGCAAAAUCUCUCCAUAGGGUAAACUAUAAAGAGAAAGUACUAGAUCGGGCAUGAUGAACAGAUGGUAAAGAAGAAGGAGAAGGAGAGCGAGAGUCAAUGGAAGAGGUACGUGAUUGCCAGCGCCACCAGAAGAAGAAGGUAAGCUACUCCUUGAUCUAUCGUCGCUUUCCCUGCAUUCAGUAAGUGGGAGAGAAGACAUGUUGAAUCUUUCCACCGUAGGUGAUCGAAAGACAAGCGUGAAAAUCAUCCAAACACAAGCGCACCGUCGCCAGAAGGACCCUCCAGUGAAGGCGGAGGAGCCGCGCUCUGCCCGUGACCUGGCCGCAAAAUCAUCAUCAGCGACCACACGAAGACGAUAGUUCGGACCAGGACGAGGCAGUCUCGUCGGAGUCGUCGAAGAGCUCGCGUCGAUGCAGAAACCAGAAACGCAGGAGAGAGAGAGAGAGCGAGUGAGAGAGAUAGAGAGAGAGAUGGCGAGUUCUAUGGUGCUCUCAAGCCCAAUUUCCCACAAGACGCUCCCUUUUCGCUCCAGCUCUCGUCUGCUUGCCAAGACAAACCGACCCACCAGCUCAAGAAUUCUCCUUGCCCCGCCGGCGGCCCCGUCGAAAAUAUCCCAACUUUCUGGGAAAGUUCUUGUUCGGACUUCUAUAAGGGACAGCGACACGAAAGAGACUUCUUCCACGAGCUUGCCUUUGGUUGGGGAGGACUCGGCGGUGUUUGAAAUCGGAGAGCAGAAGAUCGUGUCGUGGGUGUACUUUACGGUGAUUCUGGGAGUUGUUCUGUUCAUUCUGAAAGUGGCCUGGCUUGAUGGCUCUCCUUCAGGGUUGGGACUUGGCAAGGCCUUCAUCGACUCUGUUUCUGGGCUCUCAGAUAGCCCCGAGGUUGUAAUGUUAUUGCUCACUCUCAUUUUUGCCGUGGGCCAUAGUGGAUUGGCUAGUCUUAGGGAUGCUGGAGAAAAGGUCAUGGGCGCACGGGCCUACAGGGUGUUGUUUGCAGGCAUAUCUCUUCCAUUGGCCGUUAGCACUGUGGUCUACUUCAUCAACCAUAGAUACGAUGGAGUACAGUUGUGGCAGCUCCAGGGUGCUCCUGGAGUACAUCAACUUGUGUGGUUCACAAAUUUUGUCUCCUUUUUCCUCCUCUAUCCUUCUACCUUUAACCUACUAGAGGUGGCAGCAGUUGAUAAACCCAAGAUGCAUCUUUGGGAGACAGGAAUCAUGCGUAUCACCAGGCACCCACAGAUGGUUGGGCAGGUCAUGUGGUGCCUGGCUCACACGUUAUGGAUCGGCAACUCUGUGGCCUUGGCUGCAUCAGUCGGCUUAAUCGGACAUCAUCUCUUUGGUGCUUGGAACGGAGAUAGAAGACUAGCCAUCCGAUAUGGAGAGGCUUUUGAGACUGUGAAGAGCAGGACAAGCAUCAUUCCCUUCGCAGCAAUUAUUGAAGGCCGUCAGGAGUUGCCGAAAGAUUACUACAAGGAGUUCCUCCGAUUGCCAUACCUAUCGAUCACGGUAUUGACUUUGUUUGCCUAUUAUGCGCACCCGCUAAUGCAAGCAGGAAGCUUCGGACUGCAUUGGUAGCAUGAACUGUACUUGCCGUCCGAAGAGCCAAUAUCAGCAUCUUCCAAGUUGUACGCAUCGGUUGCCUUUGUGGAAGUGUGGAAUAUAUACAUUGCCAUGAAGCAGAUCCCUCACAACAUAACAAAUCCGAAAGAAGAUAGUUCUUUUAUUGUUGAGAGAAAACAGUAGUAGAACAAUGUGAUGAUUUUUUUUAACAGAGUAGAUCAACUUGCAUGCAGUUGAUAUACUUCAGAUGCUAAAACUUUACGAUCUGAAGAUCAUUUACCGUGAGGUUUUGGGAAUGAAGAUGUAUUCUUUUGUAGA